UUCCGUACCCGUUGUAAGGUUUCGUACUUCUGUCCAAUCAGAGUAACCGUUUUUGCAAACUAGGAAGCGCAGAGCAGCCGCCAUUUUGUAUUUCAGCAGACGAACUCCUGAAUUUUGCUGGAAAAAUUAUGUCUGUAUCUCAGUCUCAGACUAUAUUUGGUGCCAUGAGUAUUUCAGGUUUUUUUAGGGAACGUGUGUAACUUGCAGUCCAGUCCACGAACAAGAAAACAAGAACAAAGACACCAAAAUAUCGGUGCAAAGUCGCGUCGAGGUGAAACUUUUUUGAGGUAACAGAAGUAAUGUGCAACUUCUUCUGUGCUUGAGCACUUUUGACAUCAGUGGUUGGCCGUUUCUUUUCACUUGUGGCUUGAUCAACAGUCAUGAGGUUUCUGGAGAAUGUUGGACUUGUACAUGUUCAAGACCAUCUCAUUCUACACAACUUAUGAUUGGAUAAAUCAACACCAUCAGUUGGGACACGGAUAAAGUAUGACAUCACCAAGAGCCAAUCACAAUGGCAGAACUUUAGGAAAUGUUCGCCUCGGCAACAAAUCAACGCUCUUUCCUCCUCUGACAAAGACUCUCGCUGAUUCAAACAAGGCAUACUUCCAGGAACAUCAUCUAAUGAUCCAUGGCGAUGCCCUGUCAACCCCUCCCAAAGCUACAGAGGAAAUUGUGUCACCGAGGUCAAUGACCUCAACACGACCCUUGACCUCAAGGUCAGAUCCAAACAGCAAGCCAGAAUUAAAGGAUCUUCAAACGAAAGACAAGCAGCAUCGCAAUCGCAUCCAGUCACUUCAGAGACUGAUUGAUCAACUGAGAGCGGAGCUUAAAUCCAAAGAGGAGGAGCUUGCUAGUACACAGGCCAGACUGCUGCAAAUUGAAGAACAUUACAAACGUCUGUAUGAGGAAGAGAAACAGUCACAUGGCAGAACGAAAGAAGAACUGGAGGCAACGAGGCAGGAACUGAAGGAGAAGACAAACUAUGUAGAACAGCUCAAGACACAGCAUGAACGACAAGUUGUGGAUAUCAAUGCAGCACAUGAGCAUAAGUUGUCGGCAUUAAGAUCAGAGAAAGACAAGGAAAUUAGUGACAGAGACACAAAGAUUGAGAAGAUGAAGAAACAGAUGGCUGACAUCUUGAAGGAUAACUCCUGGGAACGUCAGCAACAGCUGGAAGAGCUCACUAAAGAAUUGAAUAAAAUUUCCGACGAAGCCUCAGCAUUAAGAAUAAAAUGCAAGAGUUUGUCUACAAAAUCAAAGUCGUGUGAUAAUUGUAGUGCCAUGAAAGCAGAGUUGGAGAAGAAGACAAAGAAAUUAUCCGAGAGCGAGUUGACUGCUCAACAACUCAACGUAAUCUGCAAGAAGUUUGAAACGCAGCUGAAACAACAGGAUAUACUGCUGAAGGAUUUUGCAGUUAACAAGGGUUUCAAAACGGACUAUGAUCCAAGAAAAUGACACCCUCAGGUUUGAUGACUCAAAAUAAAAUUUCAGCCAUAGAGCAUUCAGAUGGUGCAUGAAGCAAGAAAACAUUGUAAUUUUUUUUUUUUUUACAACUUUACUUUUGAAAGAUAAUCCAAAGAUGUGUGCUCACGUUUCGGCUUGCAGUGUCGUGUUCCCCCUAUUCUUUCAGUACAGUAUCUUUGCACUUUCAAUGCACUUUUUGAGUUCUGUAUGGCAUGGAAUCGUAUUAAAAUAUUUCAGUUGCAGUACAUUAGGAAAGUGAGAAAAACCCAUGGAUCUCUUUUGGACAUCAUGACUCGUAUUAAAAAAUCUCAGGGUUUAGGUUUAACAUCCUAUCAGUUACUUAACAAAAUUUGAAGGUCUUGAACGACACAGAUUUUCUUCAUUUUUUUCCACUGCAUAUGAAAAUAAUGGUAUGAGAUUUAAUUUUGAAAUGGUUUGAUUUUGCAACUGAUCAAUGACAUUAUUUAAAGGAAGAAUUCAUGAUGAAUGAACUCUUUUGCACAUGACAAUCGGGGAAUGAAUUCACAAUAAUCACAGAAUUGAAGAUGAUAAACGCCACACUUUAUUUGGCACUUCAUUCGUUUCAGUGAAUGUUGAAGCACACGAACAGAAUUUGAUGUUAAUGGAUGCAAACAGUGUAGGGAAUAUUACAAAAAUGACAUUUUACGUAUCCUCAGAAAAGUUUAAAGCACAUUUUUAAGAUGAAGAUUAUUCAUGCAUUUGGCAUUUUAAAACUGUACAUAAAAAUGUAAAAGGAUAUAAUAUAUUGAGAAUGAUUUACAUGUAAAAUUAUAGUGCAUGAGAAUUACAACUAUAUACUAAGAAUAAUGAAUUUUUAGAAAUUUAGAAAAAAGUAAAAUUUGCUUAAAAAAGUGAGCUUCAUAAACAUUUGCAAGAAGUCAAAGAGCGCCCUCUAGUCCAUGCACAGAGCCAAUACUCAUUUUAUGAUGAUAAUGCAAAAUAUACCUCAAAGAAAGAGAAAAAUAACACGCAAAUCUUUAGCAUUCAAUGAUUUAUAUGGAUUUAAUUAUCUUGGAAAGAUUUCAAACCAAAGUUGGCAUCAAAGCAAUUGUUCCGUCCAUUUU